AUGCCGUCUAGAGAAACAAGUAUCGUUAGUACCUGCAAAAAGAAGAUACCAAUCUCAGAUAAUAAAAUCAAAAAGAUACUAACUGAUGAGAUCGGCCACGAGAGAUCUUAUGACGCGAAUAAUGAAAAUGGUUCAUGCGAAGUAAGACAAUGGAAGAACGGAAAGACUGAUGAGCUACGUGACUCAAUGCAAGAAGCAGUUGCGAAAGAACAAGACAGUAUGGUAAUGAAAAAACAACUCACACCGUGCAGUAAGGGACAAGAAGAGAUGGAUGAGAAGAAUGGCUAUAUGAACUUGGAUGAUGAAAAUGAGCUAUGUGACUCAAUGCAAGAAGUAGUUGCAAAAGAACAAGACAGUACGGUAAUGAAGAAACAACCCAUACUGUGCAGUAAGGGACAAGAAGAAAUGGAUGAAAAUAAUGGCUAUAUGAACUCGACACUGAACCACACUCCAAUGAUCCAGAUCUCAUUAAAUG